GCCUCACGCCCUGUCGUUUAUAUAGCUCCGGCACGCCAAUUUCCGACCGAUCAGUCCCUUCAGCCGCAUGCAACUUCCAGCGGAGCCGCUCCGCAGAUUCCAUCAAUCCUCCUGAACUCAAUACUCGAGCUCUCUCUCCUCUCUCGCUCUCCCACCUCAACUUGCAGCUCGGCCUCGCGGCUCGACUUCUUCUUCCUCUCGUCUCCGUUCGGUGGUGUGCUGUGCAGCGCCCGGCGGGGUUUAUGCUGCUGCGUAUCUGGCUCGUCCAGCGGCUCCCAGCCGCCUCCAUCAUCAUCCCCAGUCGUCUCUCUUCGCGUCGUGCGGUUGUUGGUUCGUCCUCGUGUCCUUGUAGUCCGGAUCCUCUCCACUUCGAGGGAUUGUUUCGAAGUGCGGUCGAUGUAGGAAUCGAGUCAUUCUUGCAGCUGUGUUGCUGAAGCUGAUCUCGUCGGUCGUGGUCUCGAAUUCUUCUGGGUGCUUUGUGAGCCGCUCGUCUCUGACUUGGCUCGAGUGUGCGCCUUGAGCUGCUUGAGGGUUUUGCACAGAGUGGGAUUUGGGAAGAAAUGUCUAUCGACGGUGUCAUGAGCGGCGGGGCGGGCGGCUUCUGGAUGUUCGCCCUCCCCCUGCUCACGAAAGGCGGCCGCUCGACUCUCAACGAGCAAGGGCACUGUGGAAUGACGAUACUUACCUUGGGUGUGAUAUGUGCUUUUAUUCUGCUUCUGUUUUGGGCUGGACCUGGAGGGGCGGCUUGGGCCCUCUAUCGUGGAAGAAAACCGAUUCCUGGUCCGCGCGGAUUUCCAAUCGUUGGUAGCCUCAUGGAUAUGGGCUCGAAGGCCCAUCGGACCCUGAGCGAGCUGGCUGAGAUUCACUGCGCGAAGCGUUUGAUGGCGUUGAGCAUGGGAAGUACGAGGCUGAUUGUCGCCAGCACCCCUGCAUCAGCACGUGAAAUCCUCCACAGCACAGCAUUCUCGGAUCGUCCGAUUAAACAGUCUGCGCAGCAGCUGCUGUUCGCCCGCGCUAUUGGAUUUGCUCCUCACGGCGAAUAUUGGAGAAGACUUCGGAGGAUUGCAGCCAAUCACCUGUUCUCUCCCAAGCGAAUCACCGCUCACGAACCUUCACGUCAGCAAGAGUUCAAGAGGGUGAUCGGAUUCUUGCACGAACAAAUCCAGGAGCGCCCCGAUGAAACUGUGCAGAUACGGAGUUAUUUGCAGCACGCUGCCCUCAACAACAUAAUGGGGGGCGUAUUCGGCAGACUCUACGAUUUUCAGAGUUCUGAGGGAAUCCAGCUGAAGGAGAUGGUGAGAGAAGGGUUUGAACUGCUCGGAGCUUUCAACUGGGCAGACCACCUUCCACUGCUCCAGCCCUUCGAUCCGCAAAAUAUUCACCAAAGGUGUUCUGAGCUCGUAAUUAAAGUUGUGGCCUUCGUUCAAAAUAUCAUUGACGAACACCGUUCGAGAGGAGCUUCCUCGGAAGAUUGCAGUGCCUACGGAGAUUUUGUGGAUAUUUUACUCGGUAUGCAGGGAGAAGACAAGUUGUCCGACGCGGAUAUGAUUUCUGUGCUCUGGGAGAUGAUAUUUCGUGGAACAGACACUACCGCCAUCCUCACGGAGUGGGUCAUGGCCGAGUUGGUUAAGAACCCGGAAAUUCAGGCCAGGUUGAGGAACGAGCUGAGAUCAAUUGUCGGAGACGAAGACAAUGUGAGUGAAAGCCAUAUCUCCCGGGCUUCUUUUCUUCAAGCUGUCGUCAAAGAGACGCUCCGGCUGCAUCCUCCGGGCCCUCUCCUGUCAUGGGCCCGGCUGAGCAACAGAGAUGUCAAUAUUGCCGGUCACUUCGUACCUGCCGGUACGACUGCUAUGGUGAACAUGUGGUCCAUAACCCAUGAUCCCAAGGUGUGGGAGCGGCCACUCGAAUUCCGCCCUGAGAGAUUCGUAGUGGCUGAUGGAGGAAUUGAUUUUGACGUGAAGGGAAGCGACUUGAGACUUGCUCCAUUUGGAGCUGGACGUAGAGUAUGCCCUGGAAGAGCAUUGGGAAUGGCGACCGUGCAGAUGUGGGUGGCUAAGUUGGUCAUGGAGUUCGAGUGGAGAAGCUCACCUGAGCAUGGAGUGUGCCUGGACGAGGUCCUGAAGCUAUCUUCGGAGAUGAGAAUCCCAUUGACCGUGUGUUUGACGAAACUGUAACUGUAAACUAAGCGUUCGGUGACGAACCUAUGAAUUUUGCGAGUCUAUGGAAGUUUACGCAUCUUAGUCAAUACCGUGUCGCAGCCUUGUCGACGACAGGGGGAGCGGAAAGCGGUGUUGGAUUUUUAAUCAUUUGUCGAAAGGAUAGAUAGGAAAAUUUUGAACCAUCAUACUUACAAUUUUGCAGGCAAAGAAUUACACUAGUUUCUGACCCUUCAAAGACAGUGGGUCACAGCGAAUGAGCAAGUCCGACCCUUCUCAGGGUCCGUACAGGAAGGAUUCAGUAGGGAGGCGGCGAGAAUUUGUAGAGCUUUAGUAGAGCGUAAGUGUGAUCGAGAGAUGCGGUACAUCUGUUAGUGAUAUCAGCGACGGCAAUUUCCAUGUGAAAUUCCACUGUAAUAUUUUUGCCCCGAUGUUUAUGUUCAAGGAAUACCAAUCGAGUUGUACUCGGUGAUUGCAGA